GAUGAUGGAAUGGAAGAUACAGAUAUGGAAGACGCCGGCGACGAUACGAAAUCGGCUGCCGCGAAGAAAUCUCGCAAGAAGAAGACAAAGGGAAAGAAGGAUGCAGAGAAGGAUGCGACGGAGAAGAAAGAUGUUCGCAUUGAGGGUCUCAAUUUCAAGCGUAUUGUACCGGGAACUAUGGUACUAGGACAGGUUUCGAGUAUCAACGCUCACGACAUCGGACUGUCCCUGCCCAACAAUCUCACCGGUUACGUGCCUUUAACAUCCGUGUCCAAGGUGCUGGAGGAGAAGAUUGAGAAGAUUCUCAAGGAUGACGGAAGCGACGAGGAGGAAGAUGAUGAGGACGACGACUCGCUAGACCUUCACAAAUACUUCUACCUUGGCCAGUAUCUGCGAGCAUACGUUGUAUCCGCGGGAAGCAAUGCCGCCGAUGCCAGUGCUAAGAGCAGGAAGCGCAUUGAGCUUUCAGUUGACCCAAGACAGGCCAACUCGGGGCUUUCGAAAUCGGAUCUGGUCGUCAACUCCGCCGUUCAAGCCUCAGUUGUCAGUGUGGAGGAUCAUGGUUUGGUUAUGGACCUGGGUCUUGAGGGAGGUGAGGUCAAGGGGUUCAUGUCCUCCAAGGAAGUUGAUCCCAAGACUCAGCCUUCCACUAUCAAGGAAGGCUCGGUCUUUCUGUGUAUGGUCACUGGCCAGAACGCUAAUGGCAGUGUCAUCAAGCUGUCCGCCAACCUCCAGUCGGCCGGUUCUAUCAAAAAGUCACACUACCUCAGCACAGCUCCUACGAUCACCUCGUUCCUCCCAGGUACCGCCGCGGAAAUCCUUCUGACCGAUGUCUCGUCAACCGGCAUGGCCGGAAAGAUCAUGGGCAUGCUGGAUGCCACGGUCGAUCUGGUGCAAUCUGGAGGAAGCUCAGGAAAGGACGAUCUGACCAAAAAAUACAAUACUGGCGCCAAGAUCAAGGGCCGUCUCGUCUGCACUUUCCCCUCCGCUGAGCCAUACAAGGUUGGAUUUUCGCUACUCGACCACGUCGCCAAAUUUGCCACUGAGGGCGGCCCCGGUUCAUCGGACGACGCACCCGCCAUCUCUGCCAUUGUACCGGAAGCUAAGGUGGUCAAGGUGGAACCCGGUCUCGGUGUGUACGUGCAGAUCGGUUCAACUAAGCAUCUCGGUUUCGUUCACGUGUCGCGACUUGCAGAUGGACAGGUAGAAACCAUUUCGCCUGAGCUUGGACCCUUCCGAGUUGAAUCGGUGCACGAGGGAAGAGUGGUCGGAUACAGUGCCAUUGAUAACCUGUACCUCCUGUCUUUCGAGAAGAAGGUCAUUGAUCAGCCUUUCCUCCGGGUCGAAGACGUGACCCUGGGUGCAGUUGUGAAAGGAAAGGUGGAGAAGCUCCUCAUCGGAGCCAACGGUGUCGAUGGCCUGAUUGUUGUCCUUGCAGAUGGCAUUACAGGUCUUGUUCCGUCCAUGCAUUUCGCCGAUACUCCUUUGCAAUUCCCCGAGAAGAAGUUCCGCGAGGGUAUGACGGUGUCGACCAGGAUCUUGUCGGUCAACUUGGAGAAGCGCCAGAUCCGUCUGACGCUGAAGAAGAGCUUGUUGAACAGCGAAUCUGCGAUCUGGAAGGACUAUGAAGAAAUCACUCCUGGCACCCAGUCCCCGGGAACCAUCAUCAAGAUUCAACCCCAUGGUGCUGUGGUUCAGUUCUACGGUUCAAUCCGCGGCUUCCUUCCUGUGUCGGAAAUGAGCGAGGCAUACAUCAAGGACCCUUCACAACACUUCAGACUCGGUCAAGUGGUCAAUGUUCACGCCUUGAGCGUGGAUGCCUCUCGUGAGAAGCUUGCUGUCUCUUGCAAGGAUCCCGAGACUUUCACCGAGGCUUACAGGAAGGCUUUUGAGAACAUUCACCCGGGCAUGCUUGUCUCUGGUACAGUUUUCGAGAAGUCGGCCGACGAUACGCUUCUUAAGUUGGAUGAUUAUGGCCUUGUGGCUCGACUCAACGUUGAGCAUGUGGUUGAUGGCUCCCCUUCGAAGCAGGCCUCUACCCUUUCAAAGAUCCGUGUUGGGCAGAAGCUCAAUGAAUUGAUGGUGAUCGACAUUCAGCGCGCACAUCGCCUCAUCAGGGUAACGGGUAGACAGAGCCUGAAGAAGGCCGCUAAGCACGGCUCAAUCCCGUCCAAGUUUGAGGACCUCAAGGAAGGUGCCGACGUUACGGGCUUCAUCCGCAACAUCACCAUGAACGGUGUCUUCGUUGAAUUCUUGGGUGGUGUUAUUGGUCUCGUUCCUAAGCGACUUGUUGGUGAUGAGAAUGUCAACAAGCCGGACUAUGACAUGGCUCGGGGUCAAGUCGUCACCGCCACCGUUCACUCGGUCGACGCAGACUUUAAGCGGUUCAUCCUGAGCAUGAACCCUUCGGAGGCUACCCAUGCUGGUGCAAAGAAGAAGGCUGCCGCCAAGCCCGAACCCACCCCUACUGACGAUGCCGUCGCUAACGCUAUUGACGAGGGCAUCAAGUCGAUGUCUGAUUUCACCUUCGGAAGGGUCACAAAGUGCAAGGUCGUGUCUGUCAGAGCGACUCAGGUCAACGUUCAGCUGGCCGACAACAUCCAGGGCCGCAUCGACGUCUCUGAGGUGUUUGACAAGUGGGAGGACAUCAAGGAUCGCAAGCAGCCCUUGCGCUUCUUCCGUCCCAAGCAGGUUAUCUCAGCCAGGAUUCUGGGUAUCCACGACGCUCGCAAUCACAAGUUCCUUCCUAUCAGUCACCGGACCGGAAAGUUCCCGGUGUUCGAGCUGUCUGUGAAGCCAAGCUUCCUGCAGGCUGCCAACCCCAGUCCUUUGAACCUGGAGCAGGUCCAGGUUGGCUCGACAUGGGUUGGUUUCGUCAACAACGUGGCCGAUGACUGCCUUUGGAUCAACUUGUCCCCCAAUGUUCGCGGCAGACUGCGUCUUAUGGACGCUUCCGAUGACCUGUCCCUUCUUGCCGAUGUGGAGAAGCACUAUCCCGUGGGAUCUGCGCUGAAGGUUCAUGUUUCCGCGGUAGACGCUGACAAGGGCCGUCUGGAUCUGUCCGCCAAGCAGCGCUCCGAUAAGCUCGUCUUUGAAGAUGUUUCGGUUGGAAUGGUUCUGCCGGGACGUGUCACUAAGGUCACUGAACGACAGGUCAUUAUGCAGCUCAGCAAAUCGAUUGUUGGUGCUGUUGAUCUGAUUGAUAUGGCUGAUGAUUUCAGCAAGGCCAAUCCUACUGUGUACCAGAAGAACGAAGUGCUCCGCGCGUGUGUCGUUGCCAUUGACAAGGCUAACAAGAAGAUCUCCCUCUCUCUGCGCCCGUCCAAGGUUCUCAGUUCCUCCCUGCCCGUCCAGGACAAGGAGGUUACCUCCAUCAAGCAACUCAAGGUGAAUGACAUUGUUCGGGGUUUCGUCCGGAGGGUUGCAGACAACGGACUCUUCGUUACGGUCGGCCGCGAUGUUACUGCUUAUGUCCGCAUCUCUGACCUCUCCGAUUCCUACCUCAAGGAGUGGAAGGACUCUUUCCAGGCCGACCAAUUGGUCAAGGGCCGUGUUACUGUGUCCGACUCAGAGCAAGGCAAGCUGCAGAUGAGCUUGAAGGAGUCUGUUCUGGACCCCAACUACAAGGCUCCCAUUACGCUUCACGACCUCAAGCCUGGCCAGAUUGUUACUGGUAAGGUCCGCAAGGUCGAGGAGUUCGGUGCCUUUGUCGUCAUCGACGGUUCUAAGAACAUCAGCGGUCUUUGCCACCGCAGUGAAAUGGCUGAGGGUCGUGUGGAAGAUGCCCGGACCUUGUACGAAGAGGGCGAUGCUGUGAAGGCCAAGAUCCUCAAGAUCGACCGUAAGCAGGAGAAGAUUUCUUUCGGACUGAAGGCUUCCUACUUCGAUGAGGAGGAGGAGGACAGCGACGAAGAGGAGGAGGAUGACGACUCUGAAGGCGUCAGCUUGGAUGGCUUCGGUGGCGUUGAUGUCGAGGGCAGCGACGAUGAGGAGAGUGACGUUUCCAUGGGCGGUGUCGACCUCGAGGGUGAUAGUGACGAGGAGUCCGAGGAAGAGAGUGACGACGAGGAAAUGACUGAUGCACCAGCCAAGGCAAGCCGGAAAGAUGGCGGACUCGGUGCUGGUGGUUUCGACUGGAGCGGCAACAACCAGGACGACGAUGAGGCUGAUGCCCGCUCAGACUCGGAUGACGAGGAGGACUCGCGACCCAAGAAGAAGAAGAACCGCAAGCCCGAGAUCCAGGUCGACCGGACCGGUGAUCUGGAUGCUAACGGACCCCAGUCUGUUGCCGACUACGAACGACUACUGCUCGGUGAGCCCGACUCCUCUCUCCUGUGGCUUCAGUACAUGGCCUUCCAGUUGGAGCUGGGUGAGGUCGAGAAGGCUCGUGAGAUUGCCGAGCGUGCUCUGCGCACCAUCACCAUCGGCCAGGACGCCGAGAAGCUGAACAUCUGGGUGGCCAUGCUCAACUUGGAGAACACCUACGGCAACGACGACACUCUGGAGGACGUCUUCAAGCGUGCGUGCCAGUACAACGAUACCCAGGAGGUUUACGAGCGGACGAUCAGCAUCUACAUCCAGUCUGGCAAGAACGAGAAAGCGGAUGACCUCUUUCAGACCGCUCUCAAGAAGAAGGUUUUCGGAUCCCCCAAGUUCUUCGUCAACUACGCCAGCUUCCUGUUCGACACCAUGGCUGCUCCCGAGCGCGCUCGUGCGCUAUUGCCUCGCGCCCUGCAGUCCCUGCCUUCCCACACCCACGUCGAGUUGACGUCCAAGUUCGGCCAGCUGGAGUUCCGCUCGGCUAACGGAGACAUCGAGCGUGGUCGCACGGUGUUCGAGGGUCUGCUGUCCUCGUUCCCCAAGAAGAUCGAUCUCUGGAACAUCCUCUUGGAUCUGGAGAUCAAGAACGGCGAUGCCGAGCAGGUCCGCCGUCUGUUCGAGCGGGUCCUGGGCAUCCGCGACACGAAGAAGGGUGGCGCUGCCGCCGCCGUUGAGGCCAGCAAGAAGGUUCGGCCUAAGCAGGCGAAAUUCUUCUUCAAGAAGUGGCUUUCCUUUGAGGAGAAGCUGGCGUCGGCUGAGGGUGGAAAUGACAAGAUGGUCGAGGAGAUCAAGGCCAAGGCGGCCGACUACGUUAAGUCCUUGCAGCAGGAGUAGAGUGAGCAUUGGUGUUCUUGUUCUUUUUCCUUUUUGAUAUCUGGGACAUACUUAGACAUGAUGUGUAUCUUGUAUAUAUAAAAAAG